AUGCUGCUUCAAGUUAUCGUACUAUUCCUCUGUUCUAUCAUCGCGCAAGUCAACGCGUCUAUGAGCAAUGGACCUCAGAGAAGGGAUGGUACUUCUAAGAAGGCUGGGCUGGGAUGGGAUGAGUGGAACAAUACCGACGCUUCACAGUAUACGGGUCCCAAGAUCGGAUGGUAUUACACGUGGUCGCCCUGGUAUGUGAAGGCGAAUGUGGAAUUCGUCCCCAUGUUUCGGGCGAAGGACCAACUCAGUGACUUCCAGAAGUCGAUCAAUGCGACGAUUUCUAGUAAGCAGGUCAAAGCCGUCCUUGCGUUUAACGAGCCAGACCAAUCUAGCCAGGCACACAUGCCAGAAAGUGAAGCUCUAACAUAUUGGAAUGAACACAUCUUACCUCUGAAGUCCCAGGGAGUACGUAUCGGCACACCUGCGGUUUCAAGUAACCCGAGUGGGAAGCAAUGGUUUCAGAAUUGGUGGAAGUUAUGUAAUAAUCAGUGCCAUCCAGACUUCCUUGCUGUUCAUUGGUACGGAAAUAACGCAACGGAAUUCCAGCACUACCUUGAAGACUUUCAUUCCUCCUUCGGCAACCUCCCCGUCUGGGUUACAGAAUGGGCCGACAAGAACUUCAAAAACGACACACAACCUUCAGUAUCCGAGGUCGCCGACUUCCUCACCCAAACAACAUCUUACAUGGAUAAGACGAGUUGGAUAGAGAGGUAUGCAUAUUUUGGUACUACGAAGAAUCUGCGUGAUGUGCCUGCCAGCAAUGCUAUGAUGGACAAAAAUGGCAAGAUCACAGCCCUCGGGAAGCAGUACAUUGGUGGAUCGCCUGGAAGCACGGAGACGGCUCAGACGACCCAGACAAGUCACACCAAAUAA